AUGGGCGCAUCUCAGUCAACUGGCGGAAAUUCUCCCGACGAGGCCGGUACAGCAGGGGUUUCUGUGAGUUGGUGGCGCCGCUCUAAACCAGCGAAACCAAACCCGGUCAUGGAGGACCUGCGAGCGCAAGCGCUAUUGCUCAAGAAAGCAGAAGCGAAGAAGCGCGCAGAGGAAAAGGAGAGGAAGGCGGAUGACACACGGAAGGCGAACGAGGACAGGCGAAAGGCGGAAGAAGACAGGAGACUGGCGGAUGCAGAGAGAAGACAGGCGGAGGAGGACCGGAGGGCGGCGGAUGAGGAGAGGAGGUAUGCAGACAAGGAGAGAAGGAUGGCAGAUUCCACAGCAAGACAGGCCCAAUAUCAGAGGAGAAUUGCAGAUGAAGACGCGAUGAAGCAUCAAGCUGCCCGCGAAGCAGUAGAGCGGCAGUGGAGGGCCGGCAUUCAGCCCGUCGUCUGGCCGACUGUGGAGGAUAUCGAGUCCGCGAAGAGAAGAGUUCAGUACGAGGAGGGCGUAUUCCAUCUUGCCAUCGCCGGCGUCGCUGGGAGCGGUAAAUCCUCCUUGAUUAAUGCGUUUCGUGGCAUUUCGAAUAACGGCAAGGAUCCUGACGCGGCCCCCACUGGAUUCAUAGAGACUACCAGCGCCAUUGGCAGAUAUCCCGAUCACCGUCACCCAUUCAUCUGGUACGACAUCCCUGGCGCAGGAACGUUGAAGAUCCCAGCUUGGCAGUACUUCCAUGCCCAAGGACUCUACGUCUUCGACUGCAUUAUCGUUCUCUUCGACAAUCGUUUCACAGAUGCGGAUGUCGCACUCCUCGAAAACUGCUCACGCAUGAAAAUCCCAUCAUACAUCGUGGGCUCGAAGUCGGAGGUCAAGAUUGAUGCUAUCAUUCGAGAUAUGCAGGACAGCGACGAUGAAGACGACGAAGACGCGUGGGACAUGGACCAUGUUGCCCGCGGAAAAUACUACCAAGAAGCUCGUGAGAAGUACAUUCGCGAGACUUCUCAGUGCAUGGGCGGAUCGCAAUCAAAGAAAUCACCUGCCUCCUGGUGGGACGCCCCAGUGGCGAAACCUAAUCCUGUACUUGUGAUGCUGGGAUUCAUGACGGAACUGAUUAUAGAGGUGAAGAAGGCCCACGAAGAAAAUAAAGCGGAGGAGGCAAGAAAGUCAGAGGAUGCGAGCAAGGCGGAGGAGGCAAGACAAACUGAAGAGGAGCGAGUGGCGGCCGUCAAGAGGAGGGAGGAAGAAGAUGAGAUGAGAUUAGAAGAACGGGCAAGGAUUGUGGCGGAGAGAAUGGUGAAGGAGCUGAAGGUCAAGUGGGACGCCGAACAGGAGAUCCUGCUAGCAGCUGCGGCGAGGCGGUGGGAGAACGAAGAGAAGCGGAUGCUCGAGAGCGUGGGGAGGAUGAGGGCUGACGAGGAGAGAAGGUUGGAGGAAAAAGGAAAGAGGAUGGCUGAGAUGCUCGCAGACGUAGAAAAGAAGACGGCGGAAGGGAUGAGGACGGUGUCGGCAUUGGACGGUCAGACGCUCGCUGAAGAAGAUGUGGUCCAGGAUCAGGCUCAGCACCGAGCAAGCGGAAACCAAAGUCCGACGGACGGAGUUACUGACAGCCAAGCUGCUCGCGAGGAGGCGGAGAAGAUGUGGAGAGCGGGUAUACAAGCUAUCGUCUGGCCCACCAGAGAGGAGAUCGAGGCGGCGAAGAAGAUCGUGCAGUACGAAGCGGACCUAUUCCACAUCGCCAUUGCUGGCGUCGCGGGAAGCGGGAAAUCGUCUUUGAUCAAUGCGUUCCGCGGCAUCUCCAACGCUUGCAAGAAAGGGAUGCGCAGGUCCAAAGUUGAGGUCGCACCCACUGGGAUCGUCGAGACCACGAGUGUCAUCGGUCGAUACGUCGAUCCUGACCCCAACAAGCCAUUCGUCUGGUACGAUAUUCCGGGCGCGGGUACAUUGAAGAUUCCCGGCUGGCAAUACUUCAAUGCGCAGGGAUUGUACGUCUAUGACUGCAUCAUCGUCUUGUUCGACAACCGGUUCACCGAGACGGACAUCGCCCUCCUCCAGAAUUGCGCACGAUUUCAGAUCCCAUCCUUCAUCGUCAGCUCGAAAUCCGAGAAUAAGAUUUCCGCUAUUAUGAAUGAUAUGCAGCACUCCAACUCUGACUCGGACGACGACGAUGACGAGUGGGAUACCGUCCAGGUUUCGCGAGACCGGAUUUACCAAGUGGCUCGCGAGAAAUACAUCAAAGAGACGAAGCACAGUGUGCUGCGCAAUCUAGCUGAUGCGGGCUUACCGGAGCAGAGAGUCUAUCUUGUGGAGAAGGAUAUACUGCGGCAGGUUGUCAAGGAGUCCUCGAAGCAGAAGGACGGUGGUAUGCUCCAGAAUAUCCCGCUGAUAGGCAGUAAGGCGCCCAAAGGAGGCUGGUGGAAGGACAGCAGGCUCGAGCAGAAUAUUAUCGACGAACGACGUCUCCUUGACGACAUGUUGCAGACGGGCUACGAGCGCAGGAUGAUCUGA